CAUAGACACAUACAAAGCCUUUCCAACAGGAGCAAAGGAAGCCUAGUACUUCACAGUAAAAUCUCUCUUCCUCUGUUUUGAGACGAGAAUGGUCGCAGAUAAUCAGUAUAAGAAAGGGCUAUGGACAGAGGAGGAGGACCGGAUUCUACUGGAAUACGUUAGAGUGCACGGUAGAGGGAAGUGGAACCGCAUCUCUAAGACUACAGGUUUAAAGAGGUGUGGAAAGAGCUGUAGGUUAAGGUGGCUUAACUAUCUGAGCCCCACCGUGAAACGAGGAGGCUUCUCAGAGGAAGAAGAAGAUCUCAUUAUCAGACUCCAUAAUCUUCUUGGAAACAGGUGGUCACUGAUUGCUGGGAGGGUGCCAGGAAGAACCGACAACCAAGUAAAGAACCACUGGAAUACACACUUGUGCAAGAAACUUGGCCUCAAAGACCAAAAUGAAAAUACAAAGCAGCUUAAUAUUGUGGGUACCUCCAAAACACAGUACUCUACUCAUCAGGUGGAAGAUGAUCAGACUCAUAAAUUGAUCCAAGUGAUCAGGGCGGAUCAGAAUGCUGAUGAAAACCCCAUGACUACUACUGUCAGUACUCAUGAUCAGGAAUUAUCUAACAAUGAAGAAACAGCACGGUGGAUGAGCGAGCUGCAUUUUGCUGAUCAAUCUGAAUCAUUGCAUUUGUCACCAGUUCAUGAUCAUACAAUUCUGGACAGUCCCGGAUUCUGCAGCCUAGAUCAGUUUCUAGAUCAUGGGUUCUCUUUUGACCUAGCAUGGCAAAACUUUUGAUUUAAUUUUCCCAAUCUUCGAUCUGAAUUAUGAAUAAUAGUUUUCUCAUUAA